UCUAAUGUCGUCAUGUUUGAAAAUAACUACACCUCCCCCAUCCCCUCCGACAGAUUUUUCAGUCCCCCUUAGCGUGGCAGUGACCAGUAGAAUCGCAGAAGAAUAUCAUAGCCAUAAACAUUAAACUUAGCUUUAUCAUCUUCUAUGCAUAGUCCUUUAGUGAUACAGAAUUCAUUCAGUCAAGUACUGAAGAUACACUUGGCCACUAUUAACUACAUAACACCCUCCCUACCCCUACCAAUCUCCGCCCGGACCGUGAGAUAAUGGCACAGUAUGUUCCAAAACUUAUUGUUCGCGGUGACACUGCAGUGUUUCGGUAAUUACUCGUCUGUGGCAAAUAACAAAGAAACGACUGGAGCUAAUUUGCAAACGCAGACUAAUGGCAAGUUUAUUUACCGACACUUUCGAAGUCGCUUUCUGGGAAAAACCCCUAGUCUGAGUUUCGAUUACCGCGAAAGUAGGGAAGUUUAUUUGAACUCUAGAGGGAAACUACCCGUACUUGGUGACACCGUCGAAUUAGUAAUCACGCAGAAUACCUUUUAAGCGGUUACCAUCGCUGUACUUUCGCUCAAGUAUCGUUUAGACUUGAGGUUGAACAGGAUGAAUUUCCCAGUGUUGUACACGUUACUGAUGCUUUGUGCUCGGUCUUCUGAAGGGAAACCAGCUCAACCUUUGCUGACAUUCAACAGUGAAACCGAAAUGUUUGAGUUGAACAAUGAUCUUCUGCUUGAGAUCGCAGAGCUACAGCGACCAAUACGUGUAAUUGCUGUUGUUGGAGAUGCAAGAAUUGGAAAAUCGACCACACUCAACUUGAUCAAACACAUCUGGAGUGGAGCGAAUCAAACCUACAUCGAAGAAGUUUUCAAGACGGGCGAUACAUUCAGACCUGUCACGCGUGACGUGUGGGCUCAGGUUAUUCAGCCCCGUGACGAACAAGGCGGAAACGUUGUGUUACUGGAUGUUGAAGGUACAAAUUUAGGAGAUGAUGCUCUCACGACUCACUUCAGUAUGUUCACAGCCCUGGUAUCAUCCGGUUUAAACUUGUUUGUCCGGGAGAUGGUUCAAAAUAACAACCUACACUUCCUGUUUCACAUGUCACGUUUGAGUGAUCUUGUUUUCCCAAGCAUUAGCUUGGAAAACUUUCCAAAACUACAGGUAGUCAUCCGGCAAGGGUCACUUAAAGAUCCUGGGGAAGGAAAAACCAUCGAGGAUUACACAAGAGAUUGCAUAGUGGAACCCUCCUUCCAAAAAAACAUGAAAGAAGAAAGGCAGAUCAUUGCUAAACACUUCCCAAGGAAUCAAAUUUCUGUCAUCCAGAUUCCGUACCUAGAAGAGAGGGAACGGAAUUUGUUGAGUAAUUUUGACAAACUCAGUAAAUUGCAGUACUGGGGUGUCAUGGAACGUUUAGUUGAAAAGUUCAAGCAAUUUCCAGUAAAGAAGACACUUGGAGGAAGUUACAUAGAUGGCCAAGCGUUGGUUGAACUCACUGUUAGAUUAACAGAAACUAUGAACAAAAACUCCUGGCCUGAUUUUGGAAGCGUUUAUGAUACGAUAGAAAAGAAUAUCUGCAGUAGAAGUUAUAUCAAAUUCGUUGAGCCACUAUUUGCUGAAUUGACUGCAGACAUAAUAGAAGCCAAACUGGAAAACACUUUGAGGGCGUUUAAAAUGGAAUGCGUUUUGGAAAGUGAAAUUGCCGCUGCUCAGGAAGAUCUACGGCGCAUUGUUGAGGAAAAGAGGAAAGUCGAGGAGCUGGAACGGAAGGCGAAGGAAGCGGAGAGUGAGAGAAUAGCCGCGGAAAAGAGACGCGAGGAACAGGAAGAGAAAUUUCAACAUGAACUG